AUUUCUCUCUAUAAAACCUUACAAAUCUUGCCGCACCACCACCACCACCACCACAACAAUCCACUCUCUCACCCUUACCCUUUACGCACCAAAAAAAAACUCAAAAGCAAUAAUGUUAUGAAACAAAACACCCAAAACCUGAAAUCACAGAAAGGAAAAGAGCGUUUCUGCUCUGAUCUUCUCUGUUGAUUCUUUUUGGUUGUUUUGAUUGUUUGCUUAAAUUCUGUUUUUGAGCUUGUAAUUGUACAUAUUUACAUAUAGAUAUGAAGUUUUUAUUAGAAUUGGUUUCUUGUUGUGGGUCUUGUAAUAGUUCUCAUAAGGAUAUUGCUGAAGAGUCCAGCGAUGGAAGUGGCAGCAGCAGCAGUAGGCGUUCGGAGGAGACUCGCUCCCUGAUGGUCCAGCGGGCCACAAAGACGAUUGUGUCGAGAAGGAAGAAAAAGAGAGGUAGAGUCGGAACAACGUCUCCUACGUGCUCCGGUCCUAUGGUUGAUUGGCAGCCUACGCUUUCUUCGAUAUCAGAGGACAAAGUGCCGGUUACGGAGGAGAGAGCCGUGAAAAGGAAGGGUAGCACUGGCCGUGGUGGUGGUCGGGCAAGAUCCCAUGAUAUAGCUUACGAUGAUAGGCGAAAUCACUUUAUGGCUAUUCCAACAUUCUCUCCGACUCCAUUCAUGAUCUAGCAGCUUGAAUUCGCUAUUCGAUCAGUGAUGUGUUCAAUGUACUGAUGUAAAUAUAAGGCAAAAUAAUAUUUGUAUAAAAGCUUAAUUUGGGGAGUGUAUUAGUAUUCGUAUUGGGAGGACUGUGUUAAUUUGGAUAUGAUUAUGAAGGGGCCUUCGCUGUGCACCCAAAAUGGGUGUAAAUGUUUGGCAUUUGUUAAUAGAAUUACCUCUUUUCUGCAAA